AUGGCGAAUGGAGGUUUCAAUGAGCAAGAUGAAGCCUCGCUAAGCCAAAUUGUAAAGAAGACAUUGAGGGAGUCAAGAAAGAGAGACAAGAAAGCUUUCUUCUUCAUUUAUCAAUCGGUGGAUGAAGAUACAUUUGAGAAGAUCUCCAACGCAACGACGGCCAAAGAAGCAUGUGAAAAACUUCAAACUUGCAACAAAGGAGUGGAACGGGUGAAAAAGAUUCGUCUUCAAACUCUUAGAGGUGAUUUUGAACGUUUAUUUAUGGAAGAGUCCGAGUCAAUUUCUGAUUAUUUUUCUCGAGUAUUGGCCGUAGUCAAUCAACUUAAAAGAAACGGUGAAGAUGUUUAUGAGGUAAAAGUCAUGGAGAAAAUACUUCACACUUUAAAUCCAAGUUUUGACUUCAUUGUUACCAACAUUGAAGAAAACAAGGAUUUAAAGACCAUGACUAUUGAGCAACUCAUGGGUUCCUUCCAAGCAUACGAAGAAAAACAAAAGAGAAAAAUUAAACAAAAGGAGGCUAUGGAGAAACUACUACAACUCAACAUAAAGGAAGCAAAUUAUGCGAAUUACAAGAGCCAAAGAGGACGAGGUCGUGGCCAAGAUCGUGGGCGUGGACGCGGACAUGGAGGAGAAGGAAGAUGCAGUUACAACAACUACUCUAACAAUGGAGAAAGAAGUUGGAAUCCACAAGCAACAAGAGGUCGUGGAAGAGGAAAUUCAUGGUCGAGGUGUGACAAAUCACAAAUCAAGUGCUUCAACUGCAACAAGAUCGGUCACUAUGCAUCUGAGUGUAGAUUCUCGAAGAAAGUUGUGGAGAAAGCUAACUUUGUAGAAGAAAAAGGCAGAGAAGAAGAAACUUUGUUGCUCGCGUGCCAAAACCAAGUUGAAGAGAAAAGAAACAAAUGGUACCUCGACACCGGCGCAAGCAAUCACAUCUGUGGUGAUUGA